GGAUAGCUUGAGACAGAUGAGCGGGCGAUGCUGCGUGGAGCUGUGGAAUGGAGUAGUGGUCGGCACUUUGUAUUGUUCGCGCUGACAUCCAUUCUGAACAGAUUGUCUUAGCGGCAUCUACUUCUGCCAUGGCGAAUAAAAGGAAACGCCAAGAGGAUUUUCAGAAAGUGAAACUGAAGAUCGGAAAGAAAAAACCGCGAGCGGACAAUGUCACCGACACCAAUUGUCGGGUUAAGUCCAUUCACCUGAGCGAGCAGCUGAGAGAAGACUCCUCGCUCCCUAGCAGCAGACGGAAGCUCACAAUAACGGAUGUCCUGUCUCAGAUGCACCAUUACAAUGCUGGGGUUAAACGUGAUGCUCUGGUUGGUCUCCGAGAAAUCCUCUCAACUCAUCCUUCAGUUAUUGACACACACAUUUCUGUUAUCAUGAGUGAGGUGGCUGCAGUAUUCACGGAUAAAGAUCCAAUGGUCAGGUCUGCAGCAGUCUCUGUAUUAGAGCAUCUAGCACCCAUGGUCUGCCAAGAAAGAAUCGCUCCUUUCUUCCCUCUUGUAAGUGCCCAUCUCUCCACAGCUAUGACUCAUAUUAUGAUAGGUAUCCAGGAAGAUUCAUUAAAGAUCUUGGACAUCCUUUUGGAAGCUUAUCCAGAUCUACUGAUUGAUCGUAGUAGUAUGCUGGUGAACAAUUUCCUGGAACUUAUUUCUCAUCAAAAGAACUCUAAAGAAAUAAAAAGCACUGAGAAGCCAUCUAUGUGGACAUUGUCUGUCAAUCCUAAUCGGAAGAUUACUUCCCAGAAGUGGAGGAUAAAUGUCCUGAGCAGAUUAAAAAAGUUCUUACAAGCAUUAGUGAAGCGAGCUGCAAAAAGUUUCCCCAGUAAAGGACUUCAGAACAACACAGAAAAAAUUGUCUCUUCAAACAAAAAUCUUGAUGUGUCUUGGACAGAACUUGCGAUUGGCAAACACAUCAACCUUUAUGAUUCCCGAGAAGCACGUCCAACUGUGAACUUGUCAUUUUGUUUAAGGAUGACAGCAGACGCAUCUAGCAACACAGAUGGAUGUUUCUCCUCUUCAUACAAUUUGAAAGAGUUUAUUCAAGCAGUUGUUCCAAUUUUGAUUGAAUGUUGGGUUGAGGAGGCACCUGAAAAGACCAUGGGAGAUGUUUCUGAAAAAUUUCUAGAGCCUGUAGCACAUCAUCUUCUACAGCAGGUGCUGAGCAUAAUUGCUCUUCUUUGGAAGCUGAGUGAACACCAGGAUGAACCUCAAAAAAUGGAUGGUUGGCUAAGGAAAUGUUAUCUUAAAGAUUUCAGGCAUCAUUUUAUGAAGCACUUUCCAUACACUGUAUACGAUCCAUUGCAACAGAAGAAAAAAAUUAAGAAAAGUAACAAAGAUGGAUCUCUUUCCCAUAAUGGUCUGGAUCAUCUAUUACUAAAUUUAACACUGUGUGAUAUAAUGGUGUCCUUGGCAAAUUCCUCAACACUUCAUGAGGAUUCAGGAUGGCUGACUAUGAUAAGAAUAUUUGUUACUGAAAAGUUGGCGAGCGGAUGGAAGCUGAACAGCAAGCAGUUAAAAAGACUUCUGGAAGUAACAAACAGACUGUUAUAUAUUGAGAAAAACAGAGUGGCUACAGAAAAGUUGAUUCAGGCUGUGUACAUGAUGUAUCAGCAGAGAGACCUUCAGUUGCCUGUUCGUACCAUGCUUCUAAUGUUUUUUAACAAGGUUUACUUAAAAGAAGAAGAUAUGUGUUUGAACCAGGGAAGAAGUCGAAGUAAAGUGUUAUCCCGCUGGCUUGCAAGUCUCCCAAUACAGCUUGUUCAUCUUGGUGCAAGAAAUCAUCAACUUUCUGCCCUUAUUAUUGAUACUAUUUAUAUUGCUGCAGCUCGAUCAAACAAAGAACUGCUUCAGAACCUUCAGACAGCUGCAUGUCAAAUUUAUGAACCGGAAGAUGGUUUUUUUGCACAUCUGCCAGAAGAUUUGCAGCUGAAAUUGGUGCAGCUGUUGUACUUUAUUCCCGUGUUGUCAUCUGAUUUGCUAGCCCGUUUGAGCCAAUUCUGCAUUACUGAAAGAUUUUCGCCUAAACUAAUUGCCAAGCUUAUUGGUAUAUUCCACGCUCGGUCUUCAUUUGGAAAUUGGAUGUGUUCCGCCUUUGAAAGUACAAUAUUUGAUGUGGACUAUUUCAGUUUUUUGUUCUCAACACUUAUAGGAUUUUCUGCAGAUCAGUUGUCAUGGAUGCAAAGUAAUAAGUUAAAUUCUAGAGUGAGAAGUACCAGAGUCUCCCCAAUCGCUCUUUACUUGACUGAUCAACCAUAUUUUGCCCAUCACUGGACAGUAAUGCAGGUAGUUUGCAAUAGUUUAUCUUCGGUGAGACCAAGAAGCCAGUGUUUUGAUAUAUUGCAGAAUGCAGUAACUAAAUAUUUGGGUAGCUUGUCUGUAGUUCCUGACAGUGCCAUUGGAUCUGUUUUACAUGCUGUAAAUAGUCUUCUUGACCAAAGUUGCAACCCAAAUGAGAGUUUUCACGUUUUCUUGGCCUCCUGCUGUUACAGUGUUUUCAAUUUUUUGCUGACAAUUGAGAAGGAUGUUGAACAUGUAAAGAAAAGGGAUUCUCUAUGGGGAGAAUGCAUUUCCUUACUGUCUUUGCUGCCAAACGUCCUGAAGCUGAUGCUGCAGAAUCUUCAGGUUAGCCGGGCAUGCCAGGAAGAGCUGCCAGUGAUUGCCCAGCUACUUCGUCUGCUGCUCCAAAACACACAUUUGAGAAGUCACAUGAUGACCAAUGCGUUUCUAGUACAGCAGACCCUUCAAGAUGUUAUGAAUAUGAAGAGCUGUGAAAUUCAAGAACAGUGGCUUACAGAUUUGCAGUACUGCUUUAAUGUCUAUCUUACGAAACAGAUCCAAGAGUAGGAUGUAG